AUGAUGUUAUCAUUUAUUCGUAAACGAUUUCCAUCAAAAGAUCGGAGUAAUGAACAUCUUCAAAAUGUUAAAUCGAACUAUAUUCAAAAUGAAUAUCAGGAUAAUGGUAAUCAAAUGAAUAAAACCGAAUCUACAAAUGAUUUGAAUGUUAAUAAUAAUGAAAAUAAGAAAAAAAAUAAAAAUAAAAAUAAAAAUAAAAAAAAAAAUAAAAAAAGAUCUUCAUUAACUCAGGAUGAAUUUAGUUUUUGUUCAAAUGCUUUACCAAUUGUUAAUCAAAUAAAUAAAUCUUAUUCUGAUGUUGAUUAUUUUCCAAUGAUGCCUGGAGCUUUAUCGAAAUCGAUCAAUAAUGAUAAUGAGUCGAUUAAUCGUGAUUCAUUAUCUGAUUGUUAUUUAAAUCUAUCGGAAAGUAUACAAACGACGCAUCAUAUGAAUUAUAUAGAAACUUCACAAAUAAACUCACGACUAUUUCAAAUUCCAGUGAUCGAUUGUCGUCAAGAACAACAAAUAUCAAAUUAUAAAGAUGUUGAUCAUCAACGAACUAAAGCACUUAGACAAGUAACAGAAGAACGUACACAAAAAAGGAUCAGUUAA